AUGGCUGUCCGCGCUCAAUUCGAGAACUCUAACGAAGUCGGCGUUUUCUCCCGACUAACCAACUCAUAUGCCGUUGUGGCCAUCGGUGCUUCGGAAAACUUCUACAGUGUAUUCGAAGCUGAACUUCAAGACGUCAUCCCCAUCUGCCAUGCCACAAUCGCAGGAACACGCAUUAUCGGCCGUUUGACCGCAGGAAACCGCAAGGGCUUUCUCGUCCCCACAACAACAACAGACCAAGAACUGCAACACCUGCGAAACACGCUGCCGGACGAUGUCAAGAUCCAACGCAUAGAGGAGCGCCUGUCCGCGCUCGGAAACGUCAUCUGCUGUAACGACCAUGUCGCACUUAUCCACCCCGAUCUGGAGCGCGAGACAGAGGAGAUCAUCGCCGACGUCCUGGGCGUCGAAGUUUUCCGCCAAACUAUCGCCGACAAUGUCCUCACAGGCUCGUACAUGGCCCUCUCAAACCAAGGCGGCAUCGUUCACCCCAAGACCUCCAUCCGCGACCAGGACGAGCUCUCCUCCCUCCUCCAGGUCCCUCUAGUCGCUGGUUCAGUGAACCGCGGUUCCCCCGUUGUCGGUGCGGGCCUGGUCGUCAACGACUGGCUUGCUGUGACAGGUCUCGAUACGACGGCGACAGAGCUCAGUGUCAUCGAGAGUGUGUUUAGGCUGGGUGAGAACGGGCCCGGUGGUAUUGGGCAGGGACCUGCGAAUAAGGAUAGUAUCGUGGAGAGUUUCUACUAG